AUGGAGGAUGUUUCUAAAGCUGCAUCGCCACGGGGAAACGCGGAUGCUGAUACAAUAAGCGCAGUCGAGGGUUUAUUAGAUGAGGCUGACAAAACUGGCCAUGCUGUGACAAUUGGCACCGAAACGCCUACUGCCGACACCGCGCCAGAUCGACACUCAUCUACACCUGUUCGUCAAACUGCACCAUUUGCACCCCCCUGCACUUCAGGCACCUCCGGGAUUAGGGCUACACACUAUUACAGUACAGCACAGCCAUACGCAUGUGGCGUUCCACAACCUAUAGAACUGCAAUGCAACCAAACUGCAGGUAUAACGGGAACACACAUUCCAUCGACCACGUUCAAUGUCGUCCCUAACCUUGCUAACGUGAUGACAUUUCCUUUGCCAACAUCGGUUGCUUCAGGAUUAUCACACCCAAAUGUUAACCCUAACUUAAAUAUGCCUUAUGGAGGGUAUCCGACCGUUACUAAUCCGUACAGUUACUCUACGACAGCCGACCUAAACUUGACUGCGGCACAUAUAGCUAGUCGUGAAGUGCUUUCGAAAGAUCUGCCAACCUUUACAGGUAUGCCUGAAGACUGGCCCGUAUUUAUUACUAACUACGAGCAGUCUACCAUACGGUGCGGAUUCACGGACCAAGAAAACCUUAUUAGGUUGCAGAAAUGCUUGAAGGGCCAAGCAUUAGAGGCAGUUCGUGGUAGGCUUAUGGUGCCGUCUACGGUUGGAUUGGCCAUUAAUACACUCCGCAUGUUGUAUGGUAGACCAGACGUAAUUCACCAAGUAAUGCUGCGUAGGUUAAGGGAGGAACCAUGUGUAAACCCAGACAAAUUAGAAACCUUAGUAACACUUUCAUUAGCGGUACAAAAUUAUCGCGCUACAAUGCAGGCGGUCGGUCUAAACGAUUAUCUAAAUGAUCCAGUGCUAUUAAACGAGCUGGUAGCUAAACUGCCAUGUAACCAAAGGUUGAGUUGGGGCCAGCAAUGUAUGUCCCUGAGACGCGCUGACAUUGCUGCAUUCGAUGAUUGGCUUUUCGGUCUAGCCAUGUGCGCUAGCCAGGUCACUUCCAUCCAGACAUCAGCGAUAUCAUCAUGUAAUAGCAACGUCGAAGCAAAAAAGGGAAAUCGCGAAUCACUAAAGGGCAGAAUAAUGAUUCACGAUGUGGUUGCGAAAAAUAACGAGCAGAGUGAAAAGUCGAUAAAUUGCCUGAAAUGCGGUGCGAGCCAUACGCUGUCCGAUUGCUAUGAGUUUCGUGCCCUAUCGCAAAGUGACAGAUGGAAAUUUGUACGGGAAAAUAAACUCUGUUUACGCUGCUUCAAAAGUCAUUUCAUUCGUCGAUGUAAUUCGAAAAGGUGCUGUAGCGUAGAUGAUUGUAGAAUGGCUCACCAUCCACUGCUUCACAAUGGAACCUCGUUGGCGAUUGGAAAACGACAACAAGCAACAUUAUACCACGAGUUGGGCACAGCUGCUGAUAAAGAAACGCAAAGGGCGCUUUUCAGGUAUGUGGAGGUAAUUUUACAUAGCGGUACCAAAGCAAUACGUACAUUCGCCCUUAUCGACGAAGGAGCCUCCUGUACGCUAAUUGAGUCUCAAUUGGCGAACGAGCUUGAUUUAGAUGGGCCAGUUGAAUCGUUGUGCUUGCGUUGGACGGGAGAAAUUACUCAAAAUGAGGCAAAUUCCAAAUUUGUCAAUCUUUACGUUUCACCGAUUACAUUCCCUCUCAAAAAUACAGGCUUCGAAACGUUCGAACCGUUGCUAAUCUACUACUUCCUCAGCAGUCGCUGUUCAGCUCUACGAUUAUGCCGACUAGGAUGGAGUGUAUAUGGGCGCGAGAAAACUAACUGCGCUGAACAACCGAGAAUAUUGCAUACCUGCGAAUGUGAUACAACCAGAGACGAUCGUAUGGACCAGCAACUGAAAACAUAUUUUUCUAUUGAUCCGAUGGCAUCAUAUGCACCAAUUAAGCCGUUGAUAUCUAAAGAUGAUGAACGCGCUCUUCAAAUCAUGGAAAAGACCACGCGCUUUAUCUCCGCUGAAAAGAGAUGGGAAACCGGGUUACUUUGGAAGCACGAAGCUGUCGAGCUUCCCGAUUCGCUGCCUAUGGCAAUCCGGCGACUCUCGUGCUUAGAAAGUAAAAUGAAGCGUGAUUCGUCAAUUCGUCAAUUUCUUAUAAACAAAAUACAUGAUUAUGAGAAAAAAGGGUACGUACGUAAGUUGAACAAAAACGAAAUAAAAUAUAGCGCUCGGUCUUGGUAUCUCCCUAUAUUUACUGUUCUCAAUGCCAAUAAAAAGAAAACUCGAUUGGUUUGGGAUGCUGCAGCAAGGGUAAAGGGUGUCGGGCUCAAUGAUAUGUUGCUGAAAGGGCCCGAUCUACUAAAGUCUCUAUUGGGGGUACUGCUCCGAUUUCGCGAACGACGUUUCGCAGUUUGUGGAGAUAUACGCGAAAUGUUCCACCAGAUUAAAAUUAUAAAAGAAGAUCAAGUGGCCCAAAAAUUUCUUUGGCGAAACGAUGGCUCGUCUCGCGACUAUGAUAUCUACGUGAUGAGGGUUAUGACAUUCGGCGCUUCGUGCUCGCCUUCCUUGGCGAACUACAUAAAAAAUCGUAACGCUCACCGAUUUGCUGAUCUUCAUCCCGACGCCGAACGGGCCAUCGUUAGUAACACAUUUGUUGACGAUUGGCUUCAGAGUGCAGACUCUGAAAAUGAAUUGGCUCGUCUAGCAACUAAAGUUCGUUGGGUUCAUCAGGAGGGCGGAUUCCAAAUGAGAAACUGGAAAUCUAAUUCCAAACACGUACUAUUUUCAUUAGAUGCUGACGACGUUCCAGCCGCCAAAUGUUUUGAAGAGCCAGAAGCCGUUAUAGAAAAGGUAUUAGGGAUGUGGUGGCUGCCAGUUUCGGAUGAGUUAACAUACAUUGAAAAUUUUCCAAAGGAAGUUUUUAAUGAAAAUACGAUCGUGUCGAAGCGACAAAUUUUGCGCACAAUAAUGACGAUUUUCGAUCCUAUGGGUUUGCUCGGUUUUGUCAUUGUACAGGCAAAAAUUAUUUUACAAGAUGUCUGGCGCUCCGGAGUAGGUUGGGAGGAACCGAUUAAAGAAGAAGAACGUUGCAACUGGUUUCGUUGGGUAAAACGCAUUCCUGCGAUCAACGGCAUAAAAAUUCCCCGUUGCCUUUCACUUGCCAGCGAAAACCAAAAUAAUCAGUUGCACAUUUUUGUAGAUGCAAGCAUAAAAGCCUACGCUGCGGUGGCCUACAUCCGGUCAGAAGUAGGUUCGCAAAUACCUUCUUCACUUUUGGCUUCGAAAACUCGCGUUGCGCCAUUGAAGCCCACUUCCAUACCCAGGCUGGAGCUGUUAGCUGCUGUUUUGGGACUUAGGCUGGCAAAUGUUCUUAGCUAUGAUCUGUCCAUUACAGUAAAUCGCAGAGUAUUCUGGACAGACUCAAAAAAUGUGUUGUUUUGGCUGCGAUCGAGCACAAGAAAAUACCAUCAAUUCGUGGCGCUGAGAAUCGGAGAGAUCCUCGAGAGUUCUACUAUUAGGGAAUGGAGGUGGCUGCCAUCUGGUGAGAAUAUUGCGGACGAAGGCACUAAAUGGAGCAGCAACCGAGAAUUCGACGACAACCAACGCUGGUUCAGUGGACCUAAAUUCCUACUAGAACGAAAGUCAAGCUGGCCAAUUAUACAAUUUCCAGAUGAUGACGAAGAGACAGUUGAGGUUCUACAGCAUAUGGAUUUCGCUAACAACUCAUUGGGUACGACCGCAGAAAUAACCCCGGAUGUAAAAAGAUUUAGUACAUGGGAGAAGCUUCGCAGUGCGCAUCGAUUUGUUUUACGUUUUCUACGAUUGGUUACGAAGGGAAAGCCACGUUCUCAGUUUCUUCAAAAGCUACUCAACCCAGACAACAUAGAGACAGCAGAGCUUGCAAUUAUGCUUAAUUGUCAAAGCGAGGUGUUCCAUGAAGAGAUCUGUCGUCUGCGUAAUGGUGAGGAAAUUAAUCGAAAAUCUUUUCUUUUCAAGUUCUCCCCAUACUUAGACCAGAUUGGCCUGCUGCGAGUAAAAGGUAGAAUUGAUGCUGCUGAGGGUGUUGCCAUUAAUGUCAAGCGUCCAAUAAUCCUGCCACGCAAGCACGACGUAACGCGACUACUCGUCGACUUCUAUCACAGGAAAUUUCACCACCAUCACAACGAGAUCGUCGUCAACGAGAUGAGGCAAAGGUUCUGCAUCUCCGUCUUAAGAAGGCUGGUAAAAGAAUGUGCUGCAAAAUGUCAAACCUGCCGGAACCGUAGGGCUUCUCCACAACCUCCUCAAAUGGGAGAUCUGCCAAUGGAACGUGUGUCACCUUUUACCAGGCCGUUCACCUUUACAGGGGUUGACUAUUUCGGACAAAUGGACGUUGUAAUUGGCCGCAGGCGUGAAAAGCGGUGGGGUGCUUUAUUCACAUGCCUUACCACCCGCGCAGUUCACAUUGAAAUCUCACCUACUUUAUCUACCGAGUCGUUUUUGCUGAUUUUUAAACAAUUUGUGAGUCGCCGUGGAGUACCGAAGCGAAUUAUAUCGGACAACGGCACCAAUUUUCGCGGUGCUAGUGUACUUCUAGUAAAAGAAAUUGAAAGAAUAUCGUCGGAUGAUAUAGAAAGGAAAUACCCUGAAAUUGAAUGGAUUUUUAUUCCCCCCGCUUCACCACAUAUGGGAGGGUCAUGGGAGCGCAUGAUACGUUCUACGAAAUCGAUUCUAAUGGACAUUCUACCAGAUUCCGGUAUGCGAGAGAAGGUGUUAAGAGCCGUUCUAGCCGACAUCGAAAACAUUUUAAAUUCAAGGCCACUGACGUACGUGCCGCUUGAUUCAGCCGAAGAUGAAGCUCUUACGCCAAACCACUUUCUGACGGGACACUCUAGUGGUAUUCGAGAACUAACAGAUAAUACCAACUCUGGAUCGGCUCUAUGGCAAAACUUUAAAAUUUCUAGCCAAUUGGCUGACCAAUUUUGGAGACGCUGGGUUAAGGAGUAUCUCCCCUGUCUUACCAGACGUGUAAAGUGGUAUCAGCCACCAGCAAACCCAAUCAAAUUGAACGACGUGGUGGUCAUCGUAGACGAAAACUCCAAGAGAAAUUCGUGGCCGAAAGGAGUAGUAAUAGAUAUGAAUUUUGGUAAAGAUGGCCAAGCUCGUAGCGCAGUAGUCAAGACAGUAAAUGGAUUAUGUACACGACCGAUAGUAAAGUUGGUGAAAUUGGACGUCGAGGUUGAAAAACGUGGGGUAAACGUCAUGCAUAAAACCGCAUAA